UCUUUCUGUUCCGCCUCUUGUUUCUUUCUUUCUCUCUCUACACGCCGUUUUCGUUUUACUCAGCUGUCUCCUUCUCCUCUCUCUCUCUCUCUCUCUCUCUCUCUCACUCCUUCCUCACCUUCACAAACCCUAGACCAUACUCCAUGAUUCUUCUUCAUCUCUUCCGCUGAACUCUCUCUUCAAUUUCCCUUCCCAAAUCUCUCCAAUCGAAUCGGAGAAUUCACAAUUCCAACCACUCCCUCUGGUGAAUUUUCCAUUCUUCGUCAUGGCAGCAGCAGCAGCUUCCUCCACCAGCCAGGUCUACAUCGAUGUAAUCGAGGAUGUCAUGGUCAAGGUCCGCGACGAGUUCGUCAACAACGGUGGUCCUGGCGAGGAAGUUCUCAAGGAGCUUCAAGCUAUGUGGGAAUCAAAGAUGAUCCAAGCUGGUGUAGUGCUUGGUCCUAUAGAAAGGUCCAUUGCAGCUAAGCCAAUGCCGGGUGGUCCGAUUACACCGGUGCACGAUCUUAAUGUGCCGUAUGAGGGGACUGAGGAGUAUGAAACUCCUACAGCUGAUUUACUUUUCCCCCCUACGCCAUUGCAAACUCCAAUUCAAACCCCUUUACCGGGAACUGUGGAUAACUCAUAUAACAUUCCUACUGGACCUAGUGAUUACUCUUCUUCUGGCAAUGAUGCAGGAGGGAAUAUUGAUGCAAAAGGUGGAAGACCUGGUCCAUAUAUGCAGCCCCCUUCUCCAUGGAUGAACCCGAGGCCUUCACUUGAUGUCAAUGUUGCUUACGUGGAAGGGCGGGAUGAGCCGGACAGAGGAACUUCAAAUCAACCAUUGACACAGGACUUCCUCGCAAUUUCCACUGGAAAACGAAAACGCAAUGAUUUGCCUUCACAAUAUAAUGCUGGUGGAUAUAUACCUCAGCAAGAUGGAGCUGGAGAUGUGUCAUCUAGAGAUUUUGAAAUUGAGGUACAUGGAGGGGGCAUCUCCAUCAAUUCAAAUCAUACUAGUUUUAAAGGGAAAAUGCUAGCAGAUUUGGAGAGACAGGCUUCUAGGAUUCCUCAACUUGAUGGACCAAUUCCUUACGAUGAUGAUAUGCUUUCUACUCCUAAUAUUUACAAUUACGGAGGAGUUUAUACUGAAGACUACAAUGUUGCAAAUACACCAGCUCCACCUGAAGUACCAGCAAGCACCCCUGCUCUCGUAGCUCAAAAUGAGGUGCCAAAUGACGACGACGAUGAUGAUGAACCAUUAAAUGAAAAUGAUGAUGAUGAGUUGGAUGACCUGGACCAAGGAGAGGACCAAAAUACACAUCAUCUAGUUUUGGCCCAGUUUGACAAGGUCACACGUACCAAGAGCAGGUGGAAAUGCACACUAAAGGAUGGCAUCAUGCACAUAAAUAAUAAGGAUGUUCUGUUCAAUAAGGCGACAGGGGAGUUUGACUUCUAAUUUUGCUGGGGCCAGUGCUUUCGUGAAGAUUAAUUCAGAGGUGCCAUUGAGUGUUUCAUGAUCUUUCAUUGAUUAUAAUUAUUAAAUGAAAAUUUGAGGAAAAGAGAAGUUAUUUACAGUUUCGUGACUGUUUCAACUUUCAAUGUUGGCCUCUUGUACAUAAAGGAUGAGCAAUUUUUCGCCUUUACAUUUGUUUAGAUAUUUGAGGCAUUUUAUGAAGUCCACCGUUUGUCAAGUAUGUAGUUCCUCUAGUUCUGUGUACUUGGACAUUUUGGUUAAUUUGAGAAUUUCAUUCUACCAUAA